GCGGAGGGGAGGGAUGAAUAACUCGGCGCGGCCGGGGUUCCUUUCGUCAGUCUCCACGUGAGCGCCUCGGUGUUCGUUACCGUUGGAGCGAAACAAGAAAAUGGCAGUUAAUGUGUAUUCUACUUCAGUGACCAGCGAUAACUUGAGUCGACAUGACAUGCUUGCCUGGAUCAAUGAGUCUCUGCAGCUGGCGCUGACCAAGAUUGAGCAGCUGUGCUCAGGUGCUGCAUACUGUCAGUUUAUGGACAUGCUCUUCCCAGGUUCUGUAGCACUCAAGAAAGUGAAGUUUCAAGCAAAAUUGGAACAUGAGUACAUUCAAAACUUCAAGGUUCUACAAGCAGGUUUUAAACGAAUGGGCGUUGACAAAAUAAUUCCUGUGGACAAACUAGUGAAAGGAAAAUUUCAGGACAACUUUGAAUUUGUUCAGUGGUUCAAAAAAUUUUUUGAUGCAAACUAUGAUGGGAAGGAGUAUGAUCCUGUUUCUGCUCGACAAGGCCAAGAGACAGUAGCACCAAACCUUGUUGCUCCAGUUCUGAACAAACCCAAGAAAUCUCUCAGUGCUGGCAGUGCAGCCCCACAGAGGCCCAUUGUCACACAGAGGACUGCAGCAACUCCAAAAGCUGGUGCUGGGAUGGUCAAAAAGGCUACAGGAGAUGAUGAGUCAGCAGGACUGAUCGAGCAGAUCAAUGUAUUGAAAAUUGCUGUUGAAGAUCUGGAGAAGGAGAGAGACUUCUACUUUGGCAAGUUGAGGAACAUUGAGUUGAUCUGCCAGGAGAAUGAAGGGGAGAAUGACCCCGUGUUGCAGAGGAUUGUGGAAAUUCUUUAUGCCACAGAUGAAGGCUUUGUGAUACCUGACGAAGGAGCACCGCAGGAGGAACAAGAAGAGUAUUAACAGACCACAUACUGUACCAGCAGAGCAGCAACAUCAGAAUUCUUUGCCCCAGAUAUGUGCUUAACUGUAAAAUACUCCACUUUAUUCUUAGAGGACUCACUGGUUUCUUUUCAUAAGCAAAAAAGUACCUCUUCUUAAAGUGCACUUUGCAGAAGUUUCACUUUUUACAGUGGGUUUGAGUUUGGAGCUCUUCCUCACUUUGUAGCAGAGCAGUAUUCACAUCUAGGUGGUCUAUUUAGGGAGCAAGAGGCUGACUAUUUGGAACUUGUUGCAGAGCGGUUUGCUGGUAAAACACUGUUGGAAGACUCUUCUUGUAUCUGAGAUGGUGUGUGGUGGAGAAAUUAAAGACUCUGACUCACAGAAAGAUUGAGUUAAUGUGAAAUUGCAGCACAGAAAUGAUAAUAAAAAUGCCUUAAGAGUAUUUAAAAUAUGCUUCCAGAUGCCAAAUUGGAGUAAUGUGACAGGAGAUUUUAUGUGCUUCGUGUUGGGGCAGACGCUUGUUUAACUCCAUUCACUGCUGUCUGAGAGGCCUUGCGUGGCAACCCCGCUUUGUCAGCAAGUGCUCAAAGGGGCUAUGAAAACAAACCUCCAUUCCUAUGUAAAGCUGCUUACAAAGUGAUUAGUUCUCGAUGAAAUGGGCCUUACCGUUGCCUGUCACAAGAUUAGAGGGAGUAUGAACAGCUGAGACACAUAAAUUACCUUCAAGAGCGCUAAAGCCUUUUUCUGUGGCAUUGUGGUUAAUGACUUGGCCAAAACGUACUGUGUUUUCUGUGAGAGGAAUGAAACGAGACCCAAAACAACAGAAAAAGCAAAGGGCAUCCAUUCUUACUGCUGAGAAUGUUCUUCAGAAGUCAUUUCCCUCCCUGGCUCUUGUUUCUGUUUGUCCUGUUUCUUCUCUAUUUUCGUUGGUGUGCUUUUUGGUUGCUCUUUUCUCUUUCCCAUCCCAAGGAGUGCUGAUGAGAUCUGAGCUGUAGCAGGACUUGCACUGUGCAGCUACCUUAGAAUGAGAGUGAGCUGAACACGAGGAGGAUGUUUUUCUUGUCUUGCUUUUUCUCCCCUCUCAAACCAGGGCACAUCUAAUAGUGAGACUUAUCAGUCCAGUAGCCUUCUGGGGUAAGAACUAAAAGAUGCUGGCUAACAGAGCUGAUGUUAUUGCAGAAAAUACAGUACUGAGACUAACUUAAAUAUUAAUAUUUAAACUACUUUCCUUAACUGUCUUUUUGCUAUCAUGCCCCUCAUUACUGUUGUGUUUGGCAAGAUCCUGCAAGACUUCUGAUCCCCCUUCACUACUGAGAUUGAUCAGUCCUGUUGUGCUUGUAUUCAUUUGUUUCUGGUGGUAGCUUGUCCUGAAACGUGUGUAGGAGAGCAUUUUACAGUAACUGUUGUGUAGUGCAUGAAUCUUUGUGAAAAUCAAGAGAAAAACCCAAAUCCAGUGAAUGCCAAAAAUGCAAGUGUCCAGCCAUUGUUGAAAACUGCAGUGGUGCUAUUUCUCUUGUGGCCUUUUAGACUUUUGUUGCCCUACAGCUCCAUUUUACUGAGAAAACCGUAUCUGACUUGGAUUUUUCUUGACAGGGUUUUUCUAUAUUAAGCAGUUUCUAAAUAAAGUUCUGUAUUUCAAGAGUGUCCUGUCUGCUGGAGUCUCUCGUGCUUUCAGAUGCGAUUAGGCCAAGCUGAAGUUGCUGGUAGCUUUCACGAUGGAGCUUGCAGGACCUGGAAUAUCAGCUUUCAUUCUGCAGUCCUAGUUACAGGCCUUGCUGACUUGAGUGGCAGUCGUGUUGAAGCUUCCUUUGGAGCGUGCUGGGGGAAGCCAUUGCUCCAGUUCUUUCGUGCUGUUUUCUUUCUCCCCCUCCCACAAGUGGGUGAAGUGCAAUCAUGGUCUUGGCUUCUUACUGAGGGGGUGAGAAUGUGACAGGAAUGCUGUCACGUGGCUUCAUGUUUAAAGUGUUUGAAAGCUGCUAAACCACGGAAGGUUGGUUAUGAACAAGGCAGACAUCAGUUGCAUCUGUUGCCAGUCUCUGAGCAGAUUGACUGUACACUCAGCCGAUUCGUUUCAUUUGAAGUGUGUUUCAUAGAUGAGCUUAAACUCUUCAGAGGAGAGCAUGUGUAAUGUAUUUAACCUUGAAAUGGGAAGUGUUCCCUGCAGGGCUUCUCCAUCAUGCUGGAGACCCCUCUCCCUGUCCCCAGGGUGCCCUGGGGAUGCCUUACUCUACAGAACAGGCAUUGCUGGCAUUGCCUGUUGCUGUUGGAGCACAGAAGUGCAGACGUAGAUCAGGGGUUUUGAUGCACAUAAAAUCUUCUUUACCAUUACUCACUUGCUUUGAGGUUGGAAGCAUAUUUUUUAUUGACUCUAAAUGUUCCAUUAUUCCAGCAACUCAAAGUGAAAGAUGGCAAUAGCAUGUGGCUGAAUGUGCAGAGGACUUCUUGGGUGUCUGCUCCUUGCAGUCCACUUGUACUCUGGGAUCUGGUUGCUUCAAGUCUCUUUUUUUAGCAGGUGGCCUGUGUGGAGCUGUGAAGCACCCAGGCCAUUGGAUGGGCUGCCUUAGGUGGGUUUGAUCUCUGUUAGCAAAGCAGGCAGGUGCCCUUUGAUGCUCAGAGCAAGGAGUCAGAGAUGCUGCUGGUGCUCCUUGUGAGGCCAUCAGAUGUGUGUGGGCCUGUUGGACGUGUGUUACAGAACUAAAUGGGAACUGCAGUUGUGUGAGUCAAAUGCUGCUGAGAUUUCCAGUUGUCUGCAUCCCUUCUUUGCUACCAAGAUGAGUUAUAAACAGAAUGGGGACAAACUCUUGUAGUCAACCUUAUAGGCAUCUCUGCAUCACCUGAUUUUUAAUGUCCUUUUUUGGGAAGAAAAUAACAGCCCAACUCAAACCCAUAGACAUAACACAGCUACUCUGUUACACUGGUACAGUAUAUGCUGUUCAUUAAAUGCUCACCUGCCAGAACAGUUCUGAUAGCAUCCAACCUUUCUUAGUAUGUUAGUUCUGUCAGGUGUUUGAACAAGGAGCAGAGUGGCAGCAGCAGAAGCUCAGCUCUCCCUUCUGUACCAACUUGUCUGACUUGCAGGUGGACUUGUGGAUGUUUUUUUAACUUUUAUUGUUCAAUUUUUUAAAGAAUUCCUGGUUUGCAAUGACAAUUCUUACUGUACCUGUUAAAAGCCUUCAAAUAAAGGCCCAAAACUUG